CGCCGCCAAGUCCGCCGCUCAUUUCUCGAAGGGGAUCGCCGCCGCCGCCGCCGCCACCUCUUUUGCGAGGCGCAAACUUUCUCUGCGCUGCCAUGAGCCGCGUCGGGAGCAGCUGCUGGGCUGCCUGCUCGCUGGGGCUCUGAGGGGGCGACGAAGAGGGAGCGCAGCAGCCCGGGAAGAAGGGCGCAGAGAAGCCGGCGCCUCGGUCAGGGGACCGCUAUUGGAGGUUCUGCAAUGGGUUGCGGACUCAACAAGUUGGAAAAACAAGAUGAAAAACGGCCUGGUAACAUCUAUUCAACUUUGAAGAGGCCCCAAGUGGAAACCAAAAUAGAUAUUUUCUAUGAAUAUCAUUUCCUGGAAUUUACAACUUUAAGUGAUGCUGAGCUACCAGGAUCAUCUGCAAUCAGGCUUUCUUCCUUGCAUGAUCUUCCAGCUCAGCUGCGAGAAUUGUACCAGCAGGGCUUCAUCUUGGCUGCUGUCCAUCCCUUUGUGCAGCCAACUAAUGAGAAUGAAAGGACUCUCCAGGAACAAAUCUUCAGGGCUGUACUGAUUAAGAAAACAGAAAGAUCAUUGAAAAAUGAUGCUGUUAGUGAAGGGAAUACACUAGAGAUAGAAAGCUGCUUCUCCUCUGAUCAUCUUCCAGACAAAUCAAAGAUGCCAGAUCUCAUUAAGAAAAUUCAAGAUGCAGCAAGCCGGGGCUUGAGGUUUGUUGGAAUAAUACCUCAGUACACUUCCCACAUGAACUCCAACAGCAGCAGUGCUGUAAUAUCCAGCAGUAACAGCUCGAGAGAACUGAGAGGUGACAAAACUCCAUCAGACUUUCCUGAGGAUUGUGCUUUGUUAGAUCAUGAAAAAGAUUACACUAAUGGAAGCAAAAUCCCCACAGCGGCAAGUGAGGAAAAUGUGGACCGGCGCAUAAACCCUAGUGAAGACCCGGGAGGUGAAGGGCAGGUUACUGAACAACCUAGUUUAAGCUCUGCUGAUGAAAAUGGAGGGCAACUGCAAGAAACAGAGAUCUUUGCUGUCUUCAACAAACCAAAAACCUCACAGAGAUCCAGUCAAUACUACACUGUAACAAUUCCUAUGAAAGUGUUCAGCAACGGCCAGAGCAUUUGCAGCUUAGAAGCUAAUUGGCUGGAGCACAUGACGGAUCACUUCCGGAAAGGGAGCACAUUGGUGAAUGCCUUAUUCAAUCUUGGGAUGGUAAAUGAUUCCUUCCAGGGCAUGACAGAUGGAAUGUUCAUCUUUGAAGAUCUUCCUUUGGAAGACAGCAAAAGUGUGCAAGGCUAUGAUGCUAUUGUUGUAGAACAGUGGACUUUCCUAGAUGGGGCUCACGUGCAGGCAGAUUACAUUCCCUUGCUGAACUCUCUUGCUAUAUAUGGCUGGCAGCUGACCUGUGUGCUUCCCACGCCGGUUGUAAAGACAAACAGGGAUGGGAAUUUAGCCACUAAGCAGAUUGUCUUUCUUCAGAGACCCUUCCUGCCCCAGAAAACCAAGAAGAAACAAUCUAAGUUUCACUGGAGAUUCUCCAGAGAAGAAAGGUACCACAAGCAAGCAAAGAAAUCUCUGAAGGCAAAACUAAGCGCCAGAGAACAGCAGAUGGCAGAAGAAAAGCAAAGCUUGGAAGUCACAGAAAACACAAGAAAUUCAGAAUCGCAGUUUCCAGUAAUCUCAGAUCUGGAUGAUGUGGAAGACAGAACUGAAGCUUUUGAGCACACAGAUGUGCCCAGCUAUGAGAAUGUGGUGUCUGAAGAACAAUGGAAUACAUGUCACGAAGCUGAUAAAGACACAGGAGUCUUGUGCUUGGAUCUGGAAGGCAAAUGCGAAAACGAUGAAGACCCAGCAUUCCAAGAUCAUUGUACAAUAGAUGGCAGUGAGUGGAACUGUUCGGCAGAACCAACAGAAACAUCUUUUGACACUAGGGACAGUUAUUGAGGGUAGUUAUUUGCCAAAACAAAGAACCCGUUUUGAUUACCACUGGUGAAAAUUAAUGAAUUACUGAAAUUGAUUUGGCAUUGUUUGGUUUUUAUAAGUACGCAACAUAAAAAUAGUAGUAUUGCAUUUUGAACUUUUGUAUGCAAAUGUAUGCAGGCUUUGUUUUAAAAAAAAAACCUAUGGAUAUUGAAAUUUUUAAGUUGCCUUUUAAAGCAAACAAAAGUUAGGCCCUGUACUAUGUUCACAUUUUAAAUCAAAGUAUUAUUGAUGUGUGUGUCAUAUUUUUUAUUUCCUUUUGUCAAAUGGAAUUCAGGAUGUAAGAAAAAGCUUUAAAACGUGGUUACAAUUGUAUUUCUCAUAAAUGUUUCUAUUUGUAUUGCUUUUGGAAUCACUCAUCUCUUACAAAAUUUAAAGCAAUAAUGACAACUUUGAGUUUUGUCUGGGAAACCACGAGUAGCACAAGGCAGCUAUUGCUUGCGUGCUGAAGAACCUACUUCAUGUUCAAUUACUGUUUGAUCAAGAUUAUGUAGGAUGUUUAAGUUGCCAGUCAACUUGCCACAAUGUUUGAUACACGUUGAGCAUAACUGUUUAAUUUGUAUAUAUUUCCUAAAGUUAGACGCUGAGAUAUUUGUCAAUUCAGUUUGCCAGUAUAGAAGUUCGUAUUGAGAAUUUUCUUCAAGAAAAAUGUUAAGCUCGUAGUAGAUGAGUAGAAGCCACUAUGGUCCCAAAAGACACCAAAUAAUAAGUAAACUCUCUCUCUCUCUCAUACACACACCUUUUUAGCUGACCAGUACACGAUGUACAAUAAUUGUUCUUAUUUUGAAGGUAUAUUGAUCUUUACAAUAAAACUUGUGUAAUUUGAA